AAAUAAAUGAGUAGGAAUAAUUAAAUACUGAUAUCAGUGAUACCUUUCAAUUAAUAUAUCAUCCAAAAUGCAUAACUGAAGCAAAUAUAACAGAAGAAUAGACCUUAUUAAAUGGUCCAGUGAAUUAUUGUUGAAAUGACGUGGUUUAGUCCACAAAAAAAAAAAUUAUGUUGACCUUUGUUUUAAUAUCAGACUGUGACUGGGUUCCUGCCAUGGCUAUGAUACCUUUGUAUUUUAGACACUGACAGAUUAAUUUCACAUUUCAAACAUGGAGAACAAACAACUCAAAAUUUCCAGAUAUUUCUGAAACAAUAACUGAAAUAAAAUGACACAAAAAGAAUGUGACCCAAGGUGUACUGGAAAAUGCAAUAAAAGGAAAUCACUUCCAGUUAGCACUGCAAGUAAAGGCUGUGAUCCCAAGUGCACUGGUCGAUGUAGUAAGAAAAAUGCUGGUGUUUCACCAUUAGAUUCUCUUCCACCCGCGGUCAUACCGCCUCUAAUCACACCAUUAGAAAUAAAAGAAUUAGAUAAUAUAGGAGACAACAAAAUUGGGCCACAAAGUAAAUUACUACAACCUGGAGAUGUGAAUGUUAUAAUUAUGGAUUUAGAUGGAAUAAUUUUAGAUAUUGAAAUUGUUUAUCAAUGGGUUAUUGAGGACUUGGCAGGCAAGUAUGGUAUAUCAGCUGAGGAAGUACCCCACAUUAUUGAUCUACAAGAUGAAGAAACAGCUAAAAAAUUAUGUACUGAUUAUAAUUUAUCAGUCUCCCCGCAAGAUUUCAUGAUAGAAUUUAGGAGCACAUCCAUCAAACAUUUAGCCAACACUCCUCUGAUGCCAGGAAUAGAAAAACUUGUGGAUCACUUGAUUGAGAAUAACAUUAUUAUAGCAGUUGCCAGCACAUCGAAUGAGGAAGCAUUCAAACUGAAAACUCAGAAACACACUGAAUUCUUUAAGAAAUUCAGCCAUAUAGUGCUAGGUGGUUCUGAUCCAGAAGUAGAUCAACGUAAACCUUCUCCAAAGUUAUAUCAAGUUUGUGGAUCUAGAUUUCCAUCUAAUCCUGACCCUAAGAAAAUUCUUGUUUUGGAAGAUGCAUCUGAAGGUGUUGCAUCUGCAAAAGGAGCUCAAAUGAAUGUUGUUUGGUUUCCUAAUAAAUAUAUGAAAAAAGAAAAUGAUCCUGGAGCUCUAGCAGUACUAGACUCAAUUGAAGCAUUCAAUCCAGAGCAAUUUGGUUUACCACCAAUAAAAAAAUGAUAACCUAUAUAAAUUUUAUUUCUCUACAUUAUAUUUUUUCUCCCUCAA